GUAAUUCUUAUACUCUUUUAAUAUAGGACUCAUGCAUAUACACUUUUUUCUCGAGGUUCAUAGUGCUAUUAUUUCGUCCCUGAUAAUAUACUGAAAAUGUGUGAUACGUAGUAUCCACAAGUGUUGUGGCAGUUGUGUGUGUCAGUCGUGAAAUAGUAUUUUAAAAUAACAUAAAAUGAGAAAUUUCUCUAAAAAUUUCCAAGAAUUUUCUUUUCUGUAAAAAUCCGAUAAAUCAAAUAAUGAGUUCAAUAAACUUCUAGCGGAACUCUGAUUUUUCGUCAUAUCCUAUUACUUAUCUUUAUAGUCAAUCAUCGUGUAUACAGAAAUUAGGGCGUGAAAAGGUUCGUUUAGUUCAAUUGGAAUUUAUAAAAGUUUAAAAAGAAAGUAUAUAUAAAACUAAAAAAUAUAUAUAAAAAUAAAUUAUUAAAAGCCGAGUGAACAAGUUACUUGAGAUUUUACAUUUUAUUAUUAAAUUUUAAAUAUUAUAUCUUUGAUUGAUUAUAUCUGGUUAUAUGAUGUUUUCUGCAUUCUUCUUUUUUUAACUAUAAAACAUAUUUUAGCAACAUGCUAUUGUUUUACAAGGAAUAAAUGUAUAAAAAAUUUUAUUGAAUCAUAAUAUGUAAUAACCAAACAUGACUGGUUCACAAAUAAUUCGGCACAUCUCUAAUUGUUUCCUGGAGAUUAUACGAUUAUUCAUGAAUAUUUUAUAAUCAUAAUGAUUCGUAAUCAUAAAAUUAUAAUAAUGAUAUUGAUCAAUAAUUUUAAGAUAACUUGUGAAAACCAGGUUUUUUAUGGACCUAACAUUGAAGCAGUAAAAAAUGUCUAGAAAGCGUGCUAGAGAAGAAACUAUGUUGAAUUCUACAUCAUAUUCAAAUAUUCAAAAUGGAGAAGAUGCAUCUUGCUCCAGGGAAGAUUCACCUGUAUAUCCUCUAGUGACAAUGACUUGGAGAAGCAACAGGAAUUCACAUAAUGAAUCAGGUCAAAUUUCACUGAAAAAGUAUAAUAGUGAAAUUUCUAUUUACCACAAAGAACUUCCAUCAAUUUGCAAGGAAGCACCUUUUAGUGAUGAUCCAGAAGCACUUGCUGAAAGAAAUGCAUGUGAUUAUAACAUUCGCAUUACAUUAAAAAUGGCAAAAAGUGGUAAAGCUCCUAGAAAAAUCAGAGUCUAUGCAGAUGGUAUUUAUGAUCUAUUUCAUCAAGGACAUGCACGACAACUUUUACAAGCAAAAAAUAUUUUCCCUAAUGUAUAUCUUAUUGUAGGAGUUUGUAAUGAUCAGUUAACACAUAGUAAAAAAGGAAGAACAGUUAUGACAGAUGUUGAAAGAUAUGAUGCAGUAAGACAUUGUCGUUAUGUAGAUGAAGUGGUUAGAGAUGCACCUUGGGAACUGGAUGAUGAAUUUCUUAUAAAACAUAAAAUUGAUUUUGUGGCUCAUGAUGAUAUACCUUAUAUGACAGAUGAUAGCACAGAUGUUUAUGCUGCCUUAAAGGCUAAAGGUAUGUUUGUAGCUACACAAAGAACAGAAGGAGUAUCAACAUCCGAUAUUGUUGCAAGAAUAGUUAAAGAUUAUGAUAUUUAUGUAAGAAGAAAUCUUGCGCGAGGCUAUAGUGCAAAAGAACUUAAUGUUUCUUUUCUCAAUGAAAAGAAAUUUCGUUUACAAAAUAAAUUUGAUGAUUUAAAAGAUAAAGGUAAAAGAGUAAUGGAGAAUAUUGGUGAAAAACGUAUGGAUAUGAUUAGCAAAUGGGAAGAAAAAUCUCGAGAUUUUAUCGAUGCUUUUCUACUUUUAUUUGGAAGAGAAGGUAGAUUGUCAACAAUUUGGAAUGAAAGUAAAGGUCGUUUAAUGCAAGCAUUAUCUCCUCCUGCAAGUCCAAAAAGAGAUGGCAGUCCAAAUGGCAGUAAUAGCAGCAAUAAUGAUGAAGAUCAGACAAGUCCACCACCGAAAAAGACUGGCCGUUUUGAAUAUUCGCAGAGUAAUUAUUAUUUAAGCGAUGAUUAUAGCGACGAUGAAGAAGAAAAUUUGCACUCUAAAUGAUAACCUCUUUUUUCAAAAUCACAUUCUUCAUUUUGACCAAAAAUAUCGUGCAAUCUCUUUAAAAAUGUUUAAAAAUAAUUUUAUGCAUCUAUGUGAUUUAUUAAUAUGGAUUAUAAUGUUAUGCUUAAUAAUUUUUUUAUGCUAUGAUUUCAUACUACAUACGAUAUAAAAUUAUUUGUUGUAAUAAUUUCAUUCAAUCCAAUCAUGCAUUAUUAUAUAUUAAUUAGAUUAUAUAUGUGCAUGAACAUUACAGAAGUCAUAGAUUACUUAAAUCGUUAUAACUAUUCUUGAGAGUUUCAUUAUCAUAUCGUUAUUUAUAUUAUUAAUAAGUUCCUAUAAUCUGGUUUUGAAUGAUAUUAUUGUUCAUUUUGAAUUUCAUACAAGAAUUUCUAAUAGUUAAACGCAUAUUUUCAUUUAUGCAAGAAAGUCUGGUUCAAAUGAUCAGUUAACAAUAUUUAUUAAUUUUCAAUUUUUUUCUUACUAAUUUUAUAUAACAUUUUUUUACAAGUUAUUCUAUAAUUAAUAAUUUAUAAUAUAUAUAUUUGCAGUGAAAAUAUCUGCAAUUAAUAUUAAAUUAUAUUUUGAUUUUUAUAAUAAAUAGAUGAUUUAAAUAUAUAUAUGUAUGUAUAUAUAUACAUGUAUAUGUAUAUGUAUAUAUAUUUUUUUUCAAUGAUCCAUUUUAAAAGUCAUAUUGAAUACAUUUAGAAUUGUUUAUGAAAAGUUAGUACAUAAAAUUAAUAUUUACUUAUAUUUUAAAUAUUACUGAUAAAAUAAUACGAAAAUAUGAAGUAAAAAAAAAUUUAUCAAAGAAUUUAUCAUUACUAUGAAUUUAAUUUGAACUAUGAAAUUAUUAGAAAUUAUUCAAAAAUUUGUAUUACAAAAAGUUGUAUUACAGAAAUUUUAAUAGUAUUGAAGAAAUUUGAACAAAUGUAAUUUUAUAAAUAAUUGUUCUUGUUUAAUCUAGAGUAUUUAUAAAAUAUAAAAAUUUUUAAUUUAUUUUUAUUAGUAAAUAAUCAUGUGUGUAGUAAAAUUCUUGAAUAUGAAUCAAUAGAAUUCAAGAAAAUGAAUAAAAAUCAAAAUGAAUAAUAGAAUUUUAAUUUAAAUAAGUAUACAUCAAAAUAAGAAUCAUUUUGAAAAUGGUGCUUUUAUUUGAAUAUAUACUGAUAUAAUAACCCUGGUACAACCAUUUUUAUAUUUUGAAAUUAUAACGUAGUUUUAUAAUAUUCUUGUAUUAUCGUAUGAUUACUAAAACAUUUGAAUGAAAUAUUUUUUUAAUAUAUAAAUAAAAUAUAUGAUAAAAAUAUUUAUUUUUAUUUUCAAUAUGUAGUAUUCAGAAUAAUGUAAUUCUUAACGCUAGCAACUUUGUUAAUAGCGUAUAGUUCCAGGGAUAAAAAAGUAUACAUUAGAUGAGUUUUAAAUACAAAAUUAAGAUAUAAUAUAUACAUAUUAAAAAUUUGUAAAAAAAAAGAAAAGGCAUAUAAAUUUGUAUACAUUGAAGUGUUUUUGUUUCUUAAAAUGUACCAAUGGUGCCUGAGUUUAACAUCUUUUAUUUAAAUAUAUAUAUAAAGUAGUAUAUUUCUGUAUGAAGCAUGUCAUAAAAUUUUUAAAAUAUAUAUGUUAAUAUUUGCUUCCCAAUGUAACUGAUGCAUAAAUUAGUAACAUGUAAUAAUAUGUGAUAAGAUAUAGUAUUUUCGAUAUCUUUUUUAAUGUAUACAUCCAAAAAUAUUUAGACACGCACACUUUUAUGAUCGAAAUAAAUUUAUGUAAUUUUAACAGUUUUCCUGUAAAUUACACUCUAGGUUUUUAAAACAAAAAAAUAUCUACAUUGUAAAAAUUAUAUCUCAAAUGCAAACACAAAAUGUAGUAAUGUUCCAUAUUAUUUAUGUAAGAGCAAAUAAAAGCUGUUCAAUGAAAUAUUACAAA